UCCGGGUCCUGUGGUCACCUGAUCAAAACACGGAAGUCCCCGUGGUUCAGUCAGGGGCUCGUGCCGUCCGGUACCGGGUCUGUUCCGAUCCGGAGUGACGUCACAGUGUGGCAGUGCGCACCGAGAGGAGCCGGUAACCGGCGGAUGCUGACGGUAGACCAGGUGGUCUGCAGGGAGACCAGGUGGUCUGCAGGGAGUCCAGGUGGUCUGCAGGGAGUCCAGGUGGUCUGCAGGUAGACCAGGUGUUCUGCAGGGAGUCCAGGUGUUCUGCAGAGAGACAAGGUGUUCUGCAGGUAGACCAGGUGUUCUGCAGGGAGUCCAGGUGGUCUGCAGGUAGACCAGGUGUUCUGCAGGGAGUCCAGGUGUUCUGCAGGGAGUCCAGGUGGUCUGCAGGUAGUCCAGGUGUUCUGCAGAGAGACCAGGUGGUCUGCAGGUAGACCAGGUGUUCUGCAGGUAGACCAGGUGGUCUGCAGGGAGUCCAGGUGGUCUGCAGGAGGUCCAGGUGGUCUGCAGGUAGUCCAGGUGGUCUGCAGGUAGUCCAAGUGGUCUGCAGGAGGUCCAGGUGGUCUGCAGGUAGUCCAGGUGGUCUGCAGGUAGUCCAGGUGGUCUGCAGGUAGCCUGACGAUGGUGAAGGUGUUCCGCUGUGCGGCCCGUCAUGGCUACGCCGUGGAGGUUUCCCCGUUCAUCCCGAACAGAGUGGCCUGUGCCGCCUCGCAGUAUUACGGCAUCGCAGGCUGCGGCUCUCUGCUGGUUCUGGAUGAGACGGAGUCCGGACUGAGUCUGAUCAGAAGCUGGCAGUGGGGUGACGGUCUGUUCGACGUGGCGUGGAGUGAAGCUAACGAACACGUGAUGGUCGCCGGGGGCGGAGACGGCAGCCUGCAGCUGUGGGACACAGCCAAUCACAACGCUCCGCUGAGAGUGGCCAAAGAACACACACAGGAGGUGUACUCUGUGGACUGGAGUCAGACCAGAGGAGAAAACCUCGUCGUGUCAGGAUCCUGGGAUCAGACCGCCAAAGUUUGGGACCCGGCUCUCAACCAAUCACUGAUCACGCUCAGAGGUCAUGAAGGGGUCAUCUACAGCACCAUUUGGUCGCCUCACAUCCCAGGAUGCUUUGCUUCAGCCUCAGGUGACGGCACGCUCAGAGUUUGGGACGUGAAGGGCGGCGUGUGCCGAUUGGCUGUCCCAGCACACAAAGCUGAGAUCCUCAGCUGUGAUUGGUGCAAAUACGACCAGAAUAUCGUGGCCACGGGCUCAGUCGACUGCAGUGUGUGUGUGUGGGACCUGAGGAACGUCCGACAGCCUGUCAAUCAACUGCAAGGCCACACCUACGCCAUCCGACGAGUGAAGUUUUCUCCGUUCACUAAAUCUUUGUUGGCGUCCUGUUCGUACGACUUCACUGUGAGGUUCUGGGAUUACAGUCUGAACCAGCCUCUUCUGGACACGGUGGAACAUCACUCAGAGUUCGUCUGUGGACUCGACUUUAAUCUGCAUAUCCCCAACCAGGUGGUCGACUGUUCCUGGGACGAGACGGUGAAGAGCUACACGCCGGCCUGUCUGUCUGCUGGAGCUCACAGUACAACACCGUGAAACACAGAAAGUACUGUGACGCUGAUCCAUGACUACUACUGACUGCAGCUCCUAGUCUGACUUUAACCUUUUCAAAUCAUCAGUUUGUCCUGUGUUGUCCUCAAGUCCCCACACCGUGAUAAAUACAAACAUGCACACACACUCUUUAUCAGCAGCUCUGGGAAAGUUUCACCUGUUUCUACACGAGAUGUUUUAUCUCAGACACGUUUGUACUGAGCAGGUCAAACAGAAAGCAGCUUGUAAAUGAAACUUUAAUACACGCGUGCAUCAGUAAUCCUGAGCUGUGAUGAUGGUGAAACAUCCUGGAUUAACAGGUUUUGUCUCUUCAUGGUGAAUCGUGUAUGUAAAUCAGAUGUUUCACAGCGAGGGUGAUCCGUAAUAUGCGUGUCAUUAUCUGCUGCCACGUUAUCUCAGUGAGUUCCUCUUAAACUGGAGGGAAAAUGUCGAGUGUGACUAAUGUCGCUGCUGAAAUGUCAUCGUGUAGAUCCGAGUGUGCCUUCAAUAAAGAUAUGAAACGCUG